CCCUGUCCUUCGCUUGCUUCCGGGUCCUGCUGCUUGAUCUUGGAUACGUGUAAUAGCUAACUAUCCAUGCCGCCAAAGAAGCAGGAUAAGGGAGGAUCCUCCUCGAAGCCGAAGGAGGAUAAGACCUUCGGCAUGAAGAACAAAAACCGCUCUACUAAGGUACAAAAGCAAGUUGCACAGAUUCAGGCGCAGCAAGCAGUAGCAGGCAAAUCCCGUGCGGCGCUCGAGAAGGAGAAGGAGAAGGACCUACGCGCCAAGCAGAAGCUCGAGGAGGAGAAACGGAGGAAAGAGGAGGCCGCUCUGCUCAAGCCCGUGCAAACGCAGAAGGUGCCUUUCGGGGUCGACCCGAAGACGGUGCUGUGCGUGUUCUACAAGGCGGGGAAUUGCGAGAAGGGCAACAAGUGCAAGUUCAGUCACAAUAUGGAUAUCGAACGGAAGGUUGAGAAGAAGAAUCUCUAUGCGGACGUGCGAGACGACAAGGCGAACGACACUAUGGAUAAAUGGGACGAGACGAAGUUACGAAGUGUUAUUACUUCGAAACACGGAAAUCCUCGGACAACAACAGAUAUUGUCUGCAAAUUCUUCAUCGAGGCCAUAGAGUCACAGAAAUUCGGCUGGUUUUGGGAAUGCCCAAAUGGCGGCGAAAACUGCAAAUAUCGACACGCCCUUCCGCCUGGUUUCGUGCUCAAGUCACAGAAGAAGGCAAUGGACGAGGCUGCGAAGGCGAACACCAUAAGCUUGGAAGAAUUCCUCGAGGUCGAGCGACACAAGCUAGGGUCAAACCUUACUCCGGUCACGCCAGAAACGUUCGCGAAAUGGAAGCAAACACGGAUGGACAAGAAGGCCGCGGAGGAAGAGGCGAUCCGCAAGGCAAAGGACACGCAAGCUGCGGCGGGCAAGAGCUCGGGCCUGAGUGGACGAGAUCUCUUCCAAUACAAUCCCGAGUGGUUCGCGGAAUCGGACGACGAGGAGUCCGAAGAAGAGUGGGACCUCGAGAAGUUCAGGCGCGAGAAGGAGGAGGAGGAUAUUGCGCGGGAGGAAGAGCGGAUCAGACAGCUGGCGCUUGGUGGUGGAGAUGGCUAGCGUGAUGUGUUCGUCUGAUGGAGGUCGAUGCUCGCAGCUGCACCAUGAACACUUGUCUGUAACCAUACCACCAGUCUUUC